AUGCCGAGCAAAUCAUCAAAGGGAUUCGUAAAGUUCUACGAGCAUGGCACCUUCGCCGAUGCCACCGUGGUCUGCAAGGGAAGGAAAUGGAAAGUGCACAAGCUCGUGCUGGCCAGCAAAUCGGAAUACUUCCUGAAAGCAUUCGGCGGCUCGUUCAAGGAAUCUCACAGCGCAAGCAUCGAUUUGAGCGAGGAUGAGGAGAACUGUGUGAAUGCAUUGAUCCACUAUUGCUACCACGACGAGUACAUCAAGCAGGUUGUCAGUGGGACACUUCAAUCAUUUUUGAUCCAUCUCGAGGUGUACCUCGUGGCCGACAAAUACCUCGUCCCUGGCCUCUGCAAGCUGGCCGAGCAAAGAUUCGAUUCAUUGAUCUGGGCGCAGGCGACUCUGAGACAAGAUGCCUUCGCCCAGACCGUGAAGGAGUUGUACUGGCCAACGCGCUCGGGAGGCAACGACGCGUUUCGCAAGUUUCGCAGCAAAGUUGUUCACGCUGCGGCCUCAGAUAUCGAUUACCUCUUCAUGCGCGACGACACGUGCGCCAAGUUCAAGGAAGUUGUGUCGCUUACACCCGCCUUCACGGCCGAGCUCCUCAAGAAGAUAACAUAUGAUAAGUGGAUUUCGGAAAUGUCGCAUGACGAGUCGGAGACAUCGUCAUCUAGCGAAGGUUGA